AUGGCUUCCACUCGUGGUCUCUCAAUGAUCCACACCAUCCUCAUUCUGUGUCUGCUCUACGCCCAUUGCAGUGCAUUACCCAUUCCAAAGUACAAAACUGCAAAACUCACUAACAGCUGCUACGCAGAACGCACACGGUCUCUAGAGAAUUCCAAAGCCUUCAUUCCCACUGCCCCCACUCUUGAAAGCAUCCACAAAGACCUGAACCAAUUCCUUUCGUGCAACAGAGACUGCACUUCCCAGCUGGAGCUCUCCCUCCCGGACCACAUGACGAUUCAGUCGCGUGGGAUUGGUGCGAUCCCAGAUCUUCCUCUCCCUCCUGCGAAGAAAACGAAGCUAGCUUCUCCCGGUCCGGUGGACAAGGAUCGCUAUGUUCCUAGCUUGACCAAAAUGUGCGAGACUACGGGUUUGCGGAAAUGUUUGAGGCCUUUGGCGCCAAGUCACGGGGAGGUCGUGGAGUGUGAUCUUCUCGCGGGAGCCCGAUUUGAUGAAGUGGAGUCUUUGCCAAACAGGGUGGCUGAGCGCUCUCCGACGAUGGGACAGGGUCCAGAWGCUACGAUGGAUGCACAGAAGAAGAAGCAUGGUCGGGGUGGCAGGGGUGAGAGAGGAGGCAAGGGUGGCGGCGGCAGCAAGUCAGAAACGGCGAAGAAAGGUGAUGGUUGGGUUCUACGGUUCUGCGUAGGUGUCUGCUUGGUGGGCUGGUUGGGUUGGGUUGUUUUGCUUUGA